UUAGCACGUUCAAGUUCUUCGUCUGAGUCCUCCAUGAAACAUAUGCUACAUAUUUAGCUAUUAUCAUGAUUUCAAAAAUACUGUUCAUGUUAUCUCAAGUUAGACCUGAUUUCAACCUUGAUUUAUAGUCUUGAUUUGGUAGGAAGUUCCUAAUUUAUUCUUUUUGGUAUAUUGACACAAAAUUUCUUUUCUAAUGUAGUCCUUUAUGACUUUUAUUUAUUUAUUUAUUUAUUUAUUUCCAAGACGUUUAUUAUUAUUAUUAUUAUUAUUAUUUUUGAUGGUUACCUUUAUUAAUUUCUUACCACAAAUCAUCGUAAAAAAUAGUUGGUCAAGUGAUCAUCUUAUAAAAAAAACUAAAAACAAGAGUAGAAGACGGUACCGGUCUUCCUUCUUCGAGCCCGGAAUGCAGACCUCAAAUUAGUUGGGCUUGGGUAUCAUCUUAGCCGGUCGAGAGAACUAAAAGUCCAACCAUAUUAUACGGAACGCGAUCCAGUUAAUUAUGUCUUCCCGGCCGAUUUGCUACGGGAGAAAGGCACGGCACAAGAAGAUCGGAGCAAGGCGUAGCACAUUCCGAAGGUAAACUGUCUUAUUCCACCGAAGUGGCGCCGGCUUGGAGUUCCACGGCAGCUCCUCCGACCAGCCUUCGAAAACAAUGGCAACUUUUGUUCCUCCGAGCAGUGAAUUACGGUUGGUUCAUAGCAUCUGUGGGGUGGUGGUAAAGGGAUGCUGGGGCAAUCUCCUGAAACCGAAGAUUGACACGAAUCUCACUGCAAUUAGGCUCCGAGAGGUACUCCUGCAACUCUCUGCGUAUAGCUACAGUCCCUGUCUUGCGUGGGAGUUGUUUCGGUGGAUUGAGUCGUCCAUUCCGAACUAUAAGCACCCCGUACAAUCCUCAUGGACUAUGAUACACAUAUUAACCAAGUACAAACACUUCAAGACUGCACACCACCUGCUCGAGAAAAUAGCUCACAAGGAUUUCUUGUCGAGCCCUUCCGUGUUAACUGCUUUGGUGAGGACUCAUGAUGACCCGGAUGUGAAUUCCCACGUUUUGAGCUGGCUUGUGAUAGUGUAUGGUAAUUCCAGGAUGGCCCAUGAGGCAGUGCAGGUUUUCGAGCACAUGAGGGCCAGUGGCUUCAGGCUGCAUUUGCAUGCCUGCACCGUGUUGUUGAAUGCUUUGGUUAAGGAUAAGUUAACUGAUAUGGUGUGGAAACUCUAUAAGAAAAUGGUUAAAGUUGGUGUAGUCGCCAAUGUCCAUGUUUUCAAUGUGUUGAUUCAUGCUUGUUGCAAGUCUGGGGAUGCGGAGAAGGCAGAGAAGUUGUUGACUGAAAUGGAGUUGGAUGGUGUUUUACCUGAUCUUUUCACUUUCAAUACCCUUAUUUCCUUGUAUUGUAAAAAGGGGAUGCACUAUGAAGCUUUGUCCGUUCAAGAUAGGAUGGAAAGGGCUGGGAUUGCUCCUGAUAUUGUUACUUAUAAUUCUCUGAUCUAUGCAUACAGUAGAGAAGGUAGAAUGAGGGAGGCUAUGAGGCUUUUGAAGGAAAUUAAAGAUGCAGUCCCCAACAAUGUGACUUAUACUACUGUAAUUGAUGGAUACUGUAGGCUGAAUGACCUUGAGUCUGCCUUGAGUUUGCGAGAUUCCAUGGCUGAUAAAGGGCUCUAUCCCACAGUUGUCACUUAUAAUUCAAUUCUCCGCAAGUUGUGUGAGGGAGGCAGGAUAAGGGAUGCAAAUAAACUCUUGAUUGAGAUGGGCGAAAGAAAUGUCGAACCAGAUAAUGUUACAUGCAACACCUUAAUCAAUGCGUACUGUAAAAUAGGAGAUAUGGCAUCAGCUUUGAAGGUGAAAGAUAAGAUGAUUGGAGCAGGUUUGAAGCUUGACCAGUUUACAUACAAGGCAUUGAUCCAUGGGUUCUGCAAGGCACGAGAUAUGAAAUGCGCUAAAGAGUACUUAUUCAGCAUGCUUAGUGCUGGCUUUCCUCCUAGCUACUGCACCUAUUCAUGGUUUGUAGAUGUUCAUUGUGAUCACCAGAAGGAAGAGGAGAUUAUCAAACUCCCUGAUGAAUUUGUGAAUAAAGGUCUGUGUGUCGAUGUUUCGCUGUACAGGGCACUAAUAAGGAGGUUUUGUAAAAGAGAGAAAGUUGAUUGUGCUAAGAAAAUAUUUGGUCUUAUGAAAGAGAAAGGCAUAUCAGGGGAUAGUGUGAUAUAUACCAGUUUAGCGUAUGCACAAUGGAAAUCAGGUAACGUGAGCGUUGCUUCAGAUCUGUUGGAUGAAAUGUACAAGAAAAGGCUGAUGAUUACUCUAAAACUGUAUCGGAGCUUCAGUGCUUCUUUUGCUGGCGAUGACAAGAUCUUAGGUCUCUUCUGGAGUCAUGUGGUUGAUAGGCAUCUUAUGUCAAAGAACACGCUGAAAGAUCUUCAGUAACAGAGCAUGUGUCCAUAAGGAGAUCUAAAAGUCCUAAAGUAGCCAGUUCUAGCUUUAAAUUCCACCUUAAGGUAAUUCUGCAAGUUCCUUAUCAUUUGAUUCAUUUCAUGAACUGUUUGGGUUGUACGGGUUGGUCAAACAAUGGUUAUAAUGACAAUCCUUAAGGAGACAUACCUGGAUAUUCUCAAUAAUUUCAGGUUUGGAGCUCAGAGACAGGGUCUCUUUCUGCUAAUCUGGAUGAUGCUUUCUGAGGAUCACCUAGAAAAUAUCUGAAUUUUCACAUUUCGCUUCCCUGUGUUAAGGUACAUGUUUUUCAGUAAAGACAAUCCCUGCAACUAGUCUACCAAAUUCUUUCGUUUAUAUUUUACUUUUUUAAUUCUGUAAAUAUUAAUGCAUCCCAUUAGUUUAUAUAUUCGUCUUUGAUAACUUUUUCCUCAAGCAAGUGGGUCUUUUGAAAAGCAAUAAAAUCUGUAACUGUUAAUUCUUUCGUUUAUAUUUUACUUUUUUAAUUCUGUAAAUAUUAAUGCAUCCCAUCGGUUUAUAUAUUCGUCUUUGAUAACUUUUUCCUCAAGCAACUGGGUCUUUUGAAAAGCUAUAAAAUCUGUAACUGUUAAGAAUAGAACUUAUCAUCGUGAAUUAUGUUUACGCUUUAUUCUCCUCAUGUGAGUGUAGGUGUCUGGAGUCGAGCAAAUCUAAAUGGCGAAGCCUGCAAAACCACACAUAUUGCAAAGCAGCAAUAUCUGUGAGGCAAUCCUUCAAGUGGCAGCUCUUGCGGGGCUUAUAGUAGUGGUACUACGGUUGCUCUCAUCACAAGCCUGCUGUUCAUAAGACUGAUCUUAGCAAGGGCGAGGGUUCUUGUCUUCCCAGUGGCUGACUCUUUGGAUUUUGCUGCUCACUGUUUACAGUACAGUAGUGUCAAUUCCCCAAGGACAUUAUUCCUUUCCUCCUAAGCUUGUUGUUGGGACUGAACACAGCACUUAAUCAGGUACGCAAUAUUAAUUAGUAGUAUUUAUUAUAUAUACCAGCUAUCACCGCAUACAGCUUAACUUUAUUGAGAGUCAGUAAUUAGAUCUUAGGUGUUUCAGCCAUGCUCAGCAAAUCCUGAAAUGAAUGCUGGCUUAAGUAGGAAACAUGAACUAGAAACCGUUUCUUCUGGGCCUUCCCAACAUAUACCGCGAGGUUUCCUUUUGGCACAUCUUGAAGCGUAGAUCUUGAUUUGUUUGAGCCAGAACCUGAUCAUCGGAGAAUUUGCCUAGCAAGAUUAUCAGGUAAGCCAAUAGCCAUUAUCUUUCUUUGCUCAAGAAACUGAUAUCAAAGAAAUGAAGAGAAAGAUGUACAAUUAGAACUUUAGUACUUAAUUUGUGUUGAUUCUGUGCCGAAGUUCAUAAGGACCAAUAUAAUAGACAGAUUCUUGCUUCCUUUUCUUCUCCAAUUUGGGGCCCUGACCCAAAACCUGGUUCAAACAUAUUUCAUGAGGUGUCACAUGAUCCUGUCUUCCAAUGAUGGAACAAAUUGUAGGGUCGGAGAGGAGGGUACGUGCCCUACUGGUAGAUGAGUAGGCCAAUGGAUGAUGGCAUAACCGUUGGAAAUUAGACAUCCAUAUAUUGAUAAUGAGGUUGCUAGGUAAAUCAAUUUGUCCACAUCUAUUGGCGACAUGCUUGAGACAAGUUAGAUAGAAGUACAGCUUAUAAGAGAAAGUGGGUCUCAAGGUAGAAGGAAGAUGAAGUUAGGAUCUGGUAGAUGUGGCAUCUAGUGGCAGAAACAGAAUCAAUAAAGGCGAAAUAUUUGACUUGAACAUUGCAUUUUAGAAUCCAUCUGAACAUGAAGUUUAGGGAACUGUUUUUUUGGUUGCGCGGAAAGGUGGACACAAAAUGUCAUUAGUUACUCAUGGGCUACUCUUGGGGCUAAAAAACCCAAUAAUGUUACCAAAAACUACAAAAUCAAUGCCGCAAGCGGAGAUCGUGAACAUCUAGGGGAGAGAGAUCAGAGCCUGCACGAGCAAGGAGAUCAGCUCGUGGGCAUAACUUAUAGUAUGGUGACAUAUCAUAAAGAGAAAUGUUGUUUUUUUGUUGUGGUUUAGCAUUAUCUAUUGGGGCUUUCAAAUCACCUCGACGAACAACCAAAACGAUGCUGCUUGUGGGGUUCUGUUUAUUGCCAUCGAGCAGGGUCCUUGGGUCCAAGUAAGCUUCCCUAUAAUCCUAAAACAGAGAAAAAGCUGGAUUUGGUUCUGGCUAGGAGAGCACAAAUAAACCUUGAAUCUCAUCUAAACAUCAGAGACAUAGUUUUCCCUCAGCUAGGUGGUGUGUUGUCCUGAACUAUAAAAAAGAACCACAUAUUCAGCAUUUUCCAUACAAAGGUUUUUGCUUGUUAAUAAUACAUUUUAGUGGGGCUGUUCUUCAGAUCUCUUGUUUCUCCAUAAUGGUAUCAUAAGUUGGAUCAAAAGUGAGGAAAUGACCACAUUCAGACGCCUUGUAGUUUAUAAUUAGUAAAACAGAGUAGUGUAAUUUUAUGCUGGUAAUAACCAAAAUAUAAUAAUAAAGCGUGCAGCAUAAU